CUUGUUUUGCAGCAGCGCGGAUGCUUGCAUGGAGGGUUGGCUCGGCACCCACGGUGCUACCAGGGCAAAAUGGAACUCAUGAAGCACGUUGCAGUACGCCCCAGUAUUCUCCUCCAGUGCUUUCACCUCAGGAAUUACUCUUGAAUCGUGAUGAAAAAUUUGGAACCUGAACUUCCGAGUACAAGCCGCAAGCCCGCACGCUUUGCCUGCAAAUGAGCGGCAGAAAUGGCCGGUCCACCAUUACUUCUUCCCUCUUCUAAGCCCUAACCCUAAUUCCCUGCUCUCCUCCUCCGGAGAAGAUGAGCUUUCUCCUUAGAUCUGGCCACCGUCUCCUCUCCUCCAAACCCUCGAGCUCGAUCCCUAUUCUCCGACGCUUCUCCCUCCCGGCGAAGGAGGACGCCGACGGAGGGGAGCCGGUGUUCGACAAGUGGAAGCUCCCUGCUGACUACGACCCCUCCAACUUCGACCCGGCGACCGCCCGGAGCCCCCCCUCCGACCGUGUCUGGCGCCUCGUGGACGAGGUCUCCACCCUCACCCUUGCUGAUGUCGCAGAGCUCUCCUCCAUCCUCGUUCGGAAGAUAGGCCUGAAGAACGCGCCGGUCAUAGGCGUAAUGAACGCCGGCGCCGGCGGGACCGGGCCCGCCGGCGGGACCGUGGGGGCUCCGGGGAAGGAGGAGAAGAAGCAAGAAAAGACGGUGUUCGAGUUGAGGCUGGACUCGUUCGACGCGGCCGCUAAGAUCAAGGUGAUAAAGGAGGUGAGAGGGUUCACGGAUUUGGGGCUGAAGGAGGCUAAGGACUUGGUGGAGAAGACGCCGACCAUUAUCAAGAGAGGCGUCUUGAAGGAGGACGGGGAGCAGAUCAUUGAGAAGAUGAAGGCCGUUGGAGCAAAGGUCGUUAUGGAGUGAUGAACAAAUAGAGGUAUUCUUGAUGGGAGGUUGAGCAAAAGGUAGGCUUUGGGCGCAAAGAAGAUGAACUCUGCUAUAUGUUUCUUGCGCCUAUGUUUGUUGCUUUGAACGCCAAGAUGUUGGUGGUGGAUUGACAAAGAAUUUUGUAAGGGAAUGCUUAUAUUAUUCUUCAAUCUUUUGCAUGCAGGAGAGCAAUUCUUGGCUCGGUCGGUCAUGACUGUGCUCUCUCAACUGUCCCAUUGAUGAUAUAAUUCUCGUUUAUUUAGCGAAAAGCAAAUGAAUCAAGGAGUUGCUUGUGGAUCAAACUUUGAUCCACAGGCUUACGGCACAUUUUAGA